UAAAAAAAAAAAAGCGCAUCCUUUCGACGCCAAUAUUUCUAUAUAAAUUGCAAAUUUAUCAAAAUAUAGGUAUCAGAUUGUCUUAAACAUUGUGACAGCGUGAACGAAAAAAAUGUUGAAACGUGUGUUGAUUCUUUCCGCGCUGGUGGCUUGCGCCUUCGCCAGUGAUCCAACCAGUGAUCCAGCCACUGAUUCAAGUACAGGAGGUGAAACUGGUCCGCAAGAAAAUCAAAUCAACGGAGUACAAUUCCUGCAAGGUUUACAAUCCUACGAUCGUGAUUCUACUACGCCGAGCGAAGAAUGUGUUUACCUGAAUGAAAGCGACAUUAAAUACUACUUGUACACCAGAGAGAAACCCUAUGGUGAAAGAAUCGAAUCGAACAACUCCCAGAAACUUGAGGAAUCCGCUUUGAAUGUAAAAAAACAAUUGAAAGUCAUCGUCCACCCAUGGAAGAAAAACGCUGACUGGACCAUUUCUCUAGUUCGUGAUUAUUUGUACGCCCAAAACGUCGACGUGUUAGUGGCCGACUGGGGUCUUUACGCCAAAAAAUGCAGCAUCGAAACCACCAGCACCCACGUAACUCCUUUCGUCGGUGAAAGUUUAUCUUACAUGUUGAGACAAAUGAUUAGCAUUGGACACAGCGGCCAAAAAAUGCACUUGAUCGGAUUCAGUCAUGGAGCCCAUAUCGCUGGUAUUGCCGGCCGAUUAAUGGCUCCCCAUUUGCCAGCUCGUAUCACUGCCUUGGACCCAGUCCGUUUGAGUGAAAUUGCCAGACCUGGUGUUGGUAAAUUGACCGGAGGAGAUGCUAAAUUCAUCGACGUUAUUGUCACCUCUUUGCCAUCUUUGAGUUUCGACAACGAAAUCGGAGACGUAACUUUCUACCCGAAUGGUGGUUUAACCAAAUACCAAGGCAGAUGCAACCAAAAAUCUGAUGAAAUGGAAAGGAUGAUCUGUGGACAUGUCUUAGCUUACCGUUUCUUCGCCGAAUCUUUGGUAUCUCCUAAGAAAUUCCCAGCUAUCAAAUGCGAAUCGUACUCCAAACUGUUGUCUGGCCAAUGCGACAAUCAACAACCUGAAGCCCAUAUGGGAGAAUACGUCGAAAAGAACGUUCGAGGCAAAUAUUUCUUACAAACCAACGAAAAGUACCCUUUCGAUAAAGGAGUAGCUUACACUAAAUCAUCGUCCGCUUGAAUGACUCGUCGUAUAACUCUGAGAUAAUAUUUUACCUACCUAUAUAGACUACAUCAUGCAUAGUUUAUUGAUUUUAUUUUCAAUAUAAUUAAACGUACUUCGUGUUA